AUGGAGGUCCCGGAUGUUGAUUUUCCUGUGGGAACCGGAUUUAGUUUUGCCAAUAGUAAUAGCUAUUCGAAAAAUGUUACACAGGUAUCGCAACAAUUCUUAUUAUUUCUUGAUAAAUUUUUUGAAAUUUUUCCGGAAUACACCGAUGAUGAUAUGUAUUUGAGCGGAGAAAGCUAUGCCGGAACAUUUAUACCAUACAUGGCUUCUUCCAUUUUGAAAAGAAAUGGUGUAAGGAAGACUGCCGAGAAUAAAAAGUAUAAUUUAAAAGGUAUUUCUAUCGGCAAUGGAUGGAUCGAUCCGGUAUCCCAGGGGUUAUUGGUUGGAGAAGAUAAAAAUACAGCUGAAAACCAAUUGGAAAAAUGUAUGAACGAACUAAAAAAGAAACCAGCCAUACAUUUAGAUAUAUGUGAACAAAUUCUCCAAACAAUCUUAAAGCAUUCCAAGAACAAAGUAGGAGAGAAUGAGACGUGUAUAAAUCAAUACGAUAUUAGAGAUCAUUCAGAUACGUAUCCUUCUUGUGGGUUUAGAUGGCCUUAUGAACUUUCUACCAUUACAGAAUAUUUAAGGAGAUCGGAUGUUAUUGGUGCUAUCCACGCAGAACAACAACAGAUUGGAUGGGUUGAAUGUAAUCUUGGGGUUGGAAGAGAUUUUGAUAAUGAUCCAAAUCCACCGUCCAUCACAUUACUUCCGGAUUUAUUAAAACAAAUCGAUGUAUUAUUAUACAAUGGAGAUCAGGAUUUGAUCUGUAAUAUAAAUGGAAUGCAAGAUAUGUUGGAUAAUUUAGAAUGGAAUGGAUAUAAAGGAUUCAAGAACCUUACAGAGUUAUCAUAUUACGUCAAUAAUACACAAGUAGGACAUAUAUUAGCAGAGAGAAAUUUAACCUAUGUUGUAGUAUAUAAUGCUAGUCAUAUGGUACCUUAUGAUGCUCCGUUAACUAGUAUGGACAUGAUGUAUAGAUUUAUCGGAUUAGAUCAUCAUCUUGUUAAUAAAUGGCCUUCUGCAAUUGGAAUAGAGGAAAAUGAGGUACCCGAUUCGAAUGAAGAAAAUUGGGAUAAGUAUUACAAUGUAGGAACAUUUACACUUAUAAUUGUAAUAGGCGGAUUGCUUGGAUUAGGAGCAUUUGUGAUUCGUAAUAAAUUAAGAAAACGUAGAAAUACAAGUCAAGCUAUGAAGGCUGCCGUUGUAGAUGAGUCGGGAGAAAUGGAAGAAUUGGUAAUCGAAACACCAUUGUUCCAAUCAGAUGAGGUGGAUCAUUUUGGUGACAGUGAACCGGAAGAUGAUAAUAAUGCAUCAUCAAGUAGUAGUCGAAUUCGCGAAAGAAAUCAAGGUAGCAGAUAUCAAGAUGAAGAUGAUGUUAGAGACGAAAGAAUGAGAUUAAGACCUAGUGAUGAUAGAUAA